AUGAGUGAUAAAACACGUUAUAGCAAACAACUUAAUAAGGGAGUAAGAUCUAAACAAGUGAAUAGUGCAGUACAUGGGUAUGAUAUCGCCGACCUUACGAAGAUCGGGCACUCCAUCUUGAGUUCCACACUCCUACUCGAGAACACUACACGCGCAUGGUUAAAGCCAACAUUGCAUACCUCUAGUCUCUACGGCAACGUCGGUCGCCCGUGGGAAAUCUACCGCGCCGCGGAUAUUGGUCCAAGCAAGCGCCUCGUUGAUCUGUAUACCAAGCAAGGCGACAUUGGACUCUACCAAGCGAACUUGGCAGUGGUGCCUGACUACAAUAUCGGCUUCGCCCUCGCAAUAGGAGGCACAGGCGCACCUCUCUGGCUCGACGACCUCGUCGUAUACAAGCUCUUCCCCGCGCUCGAAGCCGCGGCCCGCGAACAAGCAGACGUCGUGUACGCAGGAACAUACACAGCAAAGAAUUGGAUCAGCAACGGCACGGACAUGCUGAUCGUGUUUGCCAAACUCUUUGCGGGCGACUCCUACACUGCCACCUCCGAGCCUCUGACGCCCUCUGCCCUGCGCGUCUAUCCGACCAACUUGGAAAGGGAGACAGAAGAUGGCAGGGAGGUGGCGUGGCGCAUGAGUUUGGAUCAGCAGGCUGGCGCCGUGUUUACGGGGCCGUUUUCGGCAGGUAACUCGUGGGGUAGUGUGGAUCUGCUUGUGUUGGGGAAGUUUCCAAUUGAUAAGUUCCUGUUUACGAUGAAUGGGGAGAAGGGUAGGGUUAAGAAGGCGGUUAGUUUGAGUCUAAGGGCUUUCAAUGUUGUGUUGGAGAAGGAUGGAUAUUUAAGUGUCUUGGGGGGUCUGGGUCACUUUGAAUAUGGUUGGGAGCCUGCGGAGAAGUUGCCAUAG